AUGGAAUCAAGACAUUGCUAUUCUUCUGCUAUCCCUACUCCAACAGAUGACAAAGAGUAUGGCGAGACUGUAAUCGCAGCUAAAGGUGAGGGCAUUAUCGACCGUGCUGCAGAGAAGAAGUUACUCUGGCAACUUGACCUUCGAAUUAUCACCACUUUUGUGUUGAUGUACAUGCUCAGCUUCUUCGCCUCAGUCAAUAUUGGAAACGCCAGAAUCCUCGAUGCUGAUACCGGUGACUCGAUCCUCCAGGUCUUGCACAUGUCCGACCAUCAGUUUGUUGCCGUACUUGCGAUCUACGUGGUCUCGUAUGCGCUAUUCGAAGUUCCUUCCAAUUAUUUGCUCAAACACUUCUCCCCCCCAAUCUGGCUUGCGUUUCUUAUGUUCGGAUGGGGAGCAACUGUCAUGAUCCUUGCUGCAUCUCAGAAUUAUAGCACAGUGCUUGGUCUACGAUUCUUGCUGGGAGUGUUCGAGGGAGGUCUCGUACCCGGCAUGAUCUAUGUAUUCACAUUUUGGUAUCGCCUAGAAGAACGCGCACUCCGCCUAUCGCUGAUAAUAGCAGCUGGACCUCUCGGAGCCGCAUUCGGUGGAUGUAUUGCAUAUGGGGUAGGAGCUUUGAAUGGCAACCGUGGUCUCGAAGCAUGGCGGUGGUUAUUCAUCAUCGAAGGCGCACCAUCAUGCUUAUUGGCAAUACUGGUGCUCUUCUUCUUGCCCUCCUACCCAGAGAAGGCAUCGGGAUUCUCUCCAGACGAUCGUGCUCUUGCUAUCCUUCGGCUCGAGCAAGAGUCCUCCAAGUCUGUGGGGCACGCUACGGUGACGUGGGCGGGUGCUAAAUCCACUUUUUUGGAUUGGAGGCUUUACUUGCAUCACUUCGCGGACCUGGUGGUCUUGGUACCGCUCACGAGUAUAUCACUAUUUGCACCAACAAUUGUCGAUGGAUUAGGAUACGAGGGGCGAGAUGCACAGCUAUUUACUGUCCCGCCAUUUGCAGUAGCAUUUGUAGCGACUGUGUCGAUAUCGUGGGUAGCAGAUAGGUACCGGGUCUGGUCGAUGUGUGCGAUGGUGUCGAUGGCACUAGCGGGGGUGACCUUUCUUGUGCACGAGCCGAGAGGAACCCUUCAAGGAUCCCUGCCACCGAUGUCAUUCAAAGCACGCUAUGCUAUGCUCUGCCUAGGAACAACAUUCGCCUUCAUGUCUACCCCCUCGUUAGUGGCAUGGUUUACAGGAAAUCUGAGGGAUACAAAUGCGACCACAUUGGCUAUCCCAAUGUACAUAGCAUUUGGAGCGAUGGGCCAAUUGAUCGCGCUCUUCAUAUACAAACCGAGCGAAGCACCUGGGUACCCCACGGGGCAUUAUACGAAUGCGGCGGUGCUAUUGAUGGGGGCCGCUUGUGUAGAGCUGUUAAGGAUCAUUUACAAGAGGAGGAAUAAGGAACUGGAUGCAGGACAGAGCCCUUGGAUAGUGUGA